AUGGCAAUAUAUUGGGAUAAUCUUACAAGAUCUAGUUAUCUCUAUUGCUCUUGGGUCUCACCUUCUACUAUAAGUGAUUUAUACAAGGGUGUUUCAAGAGCUAGAACUCCUGAUAUUGAAUCUGUGCUGAGUAAAAAUGAAACACCAGAUGAUCAAUCUGAUGAAAAUCGUGUAAAGCUAAAAAACUUGAAUAACUUCUUUAACCCUGCUUUGAUACUAAGUUAUUCCUGGUGGUUACCUUGGCAAACCCCACCACUUAUACUUAACUUUCUGAAUGUUGUUCAUCUUCAAAGACAAAAAACUUUGCAA